AUGCUGCAGCGGUGGAUCCUGAGGCUGUACCAUGCGGUCGCACUGCUUCUGUUGGUAUCCGCCAGUGAGGACUUCGACUGGACGAAGAAUGAGAGAACGUCCUUCUACUAUGGCACCUUCCCAACUGGUUUCUCUUGGGGAGCCGGCAGUUCAGCCUAUCAGACCGAAGGAGCUUGGGACAUAGAUGGCAAAGGAAUGAGCAUCUGGGAUGUGUUUGCCCGCAAAAAGGGGAAAAUAAUUUCAAAUGAGACAGGAGACUCAUCCUGUGAAGGCUACUAUAAAUUCAAGGAUGAUGUUGGCUUGAUGAAAGACAUGAAGUUCAAUCAUUAUCGCUUCUCCAUCUCCUGGCCGAGGAUUUUACCCAGUGGACUAAAAAGUGAACACAUCAAUGAAAAAGGACUCAAAUAUUAUGAUGACCUGAUUAACAUGCUGUUGGAGAAUAAAAUCACACCCAUAGUGACUCUGUACCACUGGGAUUUACCGCAGGUCUUACAGGAGAAAUAUGGGGGGUGGCAGAACGUCACCAUGGUGAACUACUUCAAUGACUUUGCAAACUUAUGCUUUGAAAGAUUUGGAAACAGAGUGAAGUACUGGAUCACAUUCAACAACCCUUGGUCCAUUGCUGUUGAAGGGUAUGAAACAGGAGAGCAUGCACCUGGACUGAAGCUGAAAGGGACAGGGGCUUACAAGGCUGCCCAUCAUAUCAUCAAGGCACACGCUAAGGUUUGGCACACGUAUGACACACAGUGGAGAAGCAAACAAAAAGGUCUGGUUGGGAUCUCACUGACUGCUGACUGGGGGGAACCAGUUGAUAUCAGCAACCAGAGGGACAUCGAAGCAGCCGAGAGAUACAUCCACUUCUACCUGGGAUGGUUUGCUACUCCACUGUUUAAUGGAGACUACCCCCAGGUUAUGAAGGAAUAUAUCGGCAGGAAAAGUGGCCAGCAGGGCCUGGGGGCUUCACGGCUUCCCGUCUUCUCACCUCAGGAGAAGAGUUACAUCAAGGGCACCUGUGACUUCCUGGGUCUUGGACACUUCACGACCCGCUACAUUACCCAGAAGAAUUACCCAUCUGGACUCGGUGACAGCUACUUUGCAGACCGUGACCUCGCUGAACUGGUCGACCCUCACUGGCCCGAUCCUGGGUCUGAGUGGCUCUAUUCUGUCCCCUGGGGCUUCCGUCGCAUGCUGAACUUUGUUAAGACUCAGUAUGGAAACCCCAUGAUCUAUGUAACAGAAAACGGUGUGUCGGAGAAGAUGAUGUGCACUGACCUCUGUGAUGACUGGAGGAUGCAGUACUUUAAAGACUACAUCAAUGAGAUGCUCAAAGCGAUUAAAGAUGGGGUGAAUGUGAAGGGAUACACAGCCUGGUCACUUCUUGAUAACUUUGAGUGGGAUGAAGGCUACUCUGAGAGGUUUGGUCUCUUCUAUGUUGACUUCAGGAGUAAAAGUAAACCACGCUACCCUAAGGCCUCAGUCCAGUACUACAAACGCAUCAUCAGCUCUAAUGGCUUCCCCAAUCAGAGAGAGGUGGAGAGUUGGAAGAGGAAAGCCAUAGAGACGUGUUCUUCUAGUAACCAGCUCCUGGCUGCAGAUCCAUUAAUAGGACACAUGGAGAUGGUAACAGAGAUCGUUGUUCCUACAGUGUGCACCCUCUGCAUCCUCCUCAGCGCCGUCUUCCUCAUGUUUCUGCUGCGUGGGCGCAUCUGA